UCUGGCAGCGCCGUCAAGUGUGUACAGUCCAGUCGUCGAAAAACUCGGAAUUUUGUUUUGCAGGUACGCGGCAAACGAAACGGGCGGAGUAAACAACGGGCACAUCCAAUCCCGGCCGGAACCGCCACCGCAUCGCCACCCCCACAACCGGAGAACGCCGUACGCAACAUGGUAAAGCUGGGCAAGAAGAAGGCGGUCGAGGAGCUGAGCCGCAAGAGGCACGAGUCGCGCAAGAACGGUGCCCCCCCGGAAAGCGACCACGAGGAGAAGGACACCGGCUCCAACGGGGACACCGGCUCCUCGGUCUCCCACUCCACAGCCGCCUCGUCCGCGAAGAAGCCGCCGAACAAGCGCAAGGCCCGCCAGUCGACCGCGACUGCGCGCUCCGCGUCGGAGGACAGCGACGACCUGCCCCUCAACUCCAACGGCAACAAGGUGUCCACCUCUACGGCCCGCGCUUCGGCACCCAAGAAGCGCAGGCUGGCAAAGUCCAAGGCCAACGCAUCGCCCGCCGCCAGAAAUGGCAAGAAGUCGGCUGUCGUGGAUCUGGAGGACGAUGUCGAAGCGGCCAAAAGCGACGCCGAGCCGGAUGAGGAGGUGGAAUAUGAGGUGGAGGCCAUCGUGGGCCAGAAGACGGUGAAGGGCGCCACCUAUUUCCAGGUGCGCUGGAAGGGUUACACCAAGGACGAGGACACAUGGAUGCUGGAGGCCGAUAUGAGCUGCGACUACUUGCUUAAGCAGUUUCGUGCCAAGCAGGAGGCCAAGACCAAGCCCAGCAAGACCCCAAAAGCCACAAAGAAAGCGGGAGCCGGCGGACGUGGACGCCCACCCGGCGGCGCAAAGAAGCCAACUCCUGCCCCAUCCGAUCCGGGGAAGGAGUGGGUUGUAGAGCGUAUCGUUGACUUUGUGGACGACGCAGAGGGCGGCCUUUAUCGCAUUCGGUGGAAGGGCUUCGGCUCCAAGGAUGAUACCUGGGAGCCGGAGUCAAACCUCUCAUGCCAGGGCUUAAUUGAAAAGUUCAGGCGCGACCUGGUCACGCAGAAGAACGUGGACACCAAGGAGCUGCGCGAGUCGCCCCAGAAGACCAAGCGACUCAUCAACGAAUAUUACCCUAGAACAAAUAUGCACAAUCGCAUUGAGCGCUCCUCGAAGCGUGCUGCCGCCAAGAACCGGUGCGUUUAAUAUCUCUAUAUACAAAAUAAGCGUGUUCUACGGCGAGGACUGAGGAAGGGCAGCGGCCCCGCCCCCUCGCAGUGGUCGUCGGCGGAGGCGGCACUAAAAUAGGAUUUUAGUACACUUUAACAUUUUUUUUCGGACUUGGUUUAAGGCAGGAUCAUCAAACAACACUCGGCCUUUUCAAAAUGGACUAAUAACUCUUGCUUGCAAUUUUCACGCCUAAAUGCCUAAAUGCAACCGAAGAGUUAUUUGCGAAUCGAUUUUGAAAACGCCUACACUUGCAAUUCUCGACUUGGAGGACCCACGCAGGCGGUGUACGUGGAGUGUGGUGCCAGGUGGACGGCCCAGGUGUCACAGAGCGCGCACCGCAAUUCACCGCAUACCCGAAAUACUGUCAAGCAACAGCGGACACAAUCCAAUCCAAGAACAUGCACAUGCAACACAUUACAAAAUACUGAAAUAAAGAUUUAUCUAGCAUUUAAGAGAGAGGUAGGUGGGCGCCUGAUGCAGCACAGUAUAUAUGUAGUAUUAUAUCUGGUUGUGCUGCACUCAGCCAGCGUAGAUUGUCAGCAAUGUAAACCUAGACCUAUGUACACACACAUUUUUUCACCUUAAGCCGAAAUUUUAGAUUCGUAACCUAAGUUUUGUCUUCGUCGAGUAAUUGUGUUCUUCGCAAGCAAUUGCCACAGCUGCAAAUAGCCUCUUAAACUAUUCUUCCCAGUCGUCUCCAUUUAAAAUAUGUAUGCAAUAGUGUACACAAAGAAAUUACCUAAUAAUUAGCAAGGAGCGAGCCUCCAGUAUGAUAAAAACAAUAAAUAUAUGUGAAAGAUGUCAAAAGUGCA